AUGGCUCGCCAGGCCGGGUGCGGCGUCUGCACAUCGACCAAAAGAACCGGUCUCUUUUAUGGAGCCCAUGUUUGCAGUAGCUGCAAAAUCUUCUUCAUGCGCACCGUCACCAGCCACGCCGUAUAUUCAUGCCAAGAAAAGGGCAACUGCCAGCUGGGAGUGGGCUCGGAUUCUGAUCUUGAGCAAGAGGAGACACAGAAACCGCAAUUAGCCAUUUGCAGCGCUGACAACUUUGAUAGGGAUUCCCUCUACACCUCCCAUGCUGUUGGCUACUCAUUUGUACAACUCCUGAAAGAUACUCGAGACGGCGUAAUAGCAUUUGCCGAAAAAUUGCACGCCCUGGAAGUUUACUGUCAAUACGACAUCGGGGAGUCAAAUUUCGACAUGAGCUGUAAUUUGGACGUCACGCUGGAGGCUGCAUUGACAAAUCCGACGAUGCUUUGUAAGAGAACGCCGAUGUAUUGGCUUGGAAAGCGUGACCCCCGUGAAUACGGCCUCAAAGGAAUUCAAUCCCUCUUCGCGCGAUCUGGAUUGGCCUAUAUCGAUUGGUUGACGGCCAGCCCUGAGCUUCACAUGAUGUCCGAUUCCGAUAAGCGACGGCUCAUCACCGCUCAAUUCUCAGAAAUUGCCAAAAUCACAACGUUAUAUGCCAUUUACAAGCUUCAAUGUGACGGUUAUCUAUUCGCCAAUGGUUGUACGUGCCGUGAAACUGAUCAUGUGGACCCAUAUCUAAAGAAAUUGGUUCGCCAUGCGCAAACGUUGAUACGACCUCUGUUGGAGAGACUGAAGAUCCGAUCGCAGGAAUACUGUAUUCUAAAGCAGAUUAUUUUUUAUAGUUGCAACGCCUCCCUCAGCGACGACGGCCAAAAAAUCUGCAGACGUGCCCGCCAAAAGUACGAACAAGUACUAAUUGCCUACGUCGCCGAGGCAUACCCGGAUUUAACCGAAUCCGAGCGUACUCGACGCAUCCUUGAUCUCUACGAGUUUCGACUUUAUGUACGGCAAAUGUCUAUCACCACCCAGGUCUACACGGAAUCAUUAGUGCUGAGCGACAAGAAUGGACUGGGAAGGAUGUUCCCGCGUGAUCUCACUUUUGGA